AUGAGGCAGUUCUUCAUCAAUUGUAUAAACCUGGUCAUUGGUCCUUCCAUUAAAAAGUUUCUCCAAGAGCAUGACUUACCCCUGCAAUCCCUUCUCAUCCUUGAUAAUGCUCCUGCUCAUCUAUUGAACCUCGAGGAUGACAUCCUCAAAGAGUUCUCUUUUAUUCAUGUUCUUUUCCUCCUACCAAACACCACUCCUCUCCUCCAACCUAUCGACCAGCAGGUGAUUUCUAUUUUCAACAAGCUCUUCACAAAGCACCUGUUUCACCUCUGUUUUGAUGUAACAGAGAAAAUGAAACUCACCCUUUGUUUUCUUAAAUUCUUCUUCCUCACUAAUCUCUUCUUUUCUUUCUUGAUGUUUUCUUUCUUUUUAGCCAUUUCAGUUUUACUUAUUUCCAAAUUUAUUUUCUCUCUUUUCCUUGCCUUGCAAUUUUUUCAUUUCAUAAACCUACUAGAGUUAUUUUCCUUCACUUCAUGCACAAUAAUUUUUUCAUUCUUUUCCUCCUCUCUUUUCUUUUUACCCUCCUUCUCCUGUCCACUCUCUUCCUCCUCAUACUUCCUCUAUUUUCUUUUCCUCCUGCUCCUUAUAUCCCCUCCUCAUUUCCACUCUCUACCUCCUUAUACUUCCUCUCUUUUCUUUUCACCCUCCUUCUCCUUAUAUUCCCUCUUUUUCCUUUUUACCUUCCUUCUCUUCAUUUUCGCUUACUUCUACCUCAUACUUCCUCUUUUUCUUUUUCACCCACCUUCUCCUUAUAUCCCCUCCUUCUCAUUUCCAUUCUCUUCCUCCUCAUACUUCCUCUUUUUUUUUACUCUCCUUCUUCUCAUUUUCGCUCUCUUCCUCCUCAUACUUUCUCUCUUUUCUUUUUCCCUUCCUUCUACUUAUAUCUCCUCCUUCUCAUUUCCAUUCUCUUUCUUCUCAUACUUCCUCUCUUUUUUUACUCUUCUUCUUCUCAUUUUCACUCUCUUCCUCCUCAUUCUUUCUCUUUUCUUUUCUUUUUCACCCACCUUCUCCUUAUAUCCCCUCCUUCUCAUUUCCAUUCUCAUUUACUCUCUCUUACUUCUCCUCUUUCUCUACAGUCAUUUUCUAUCUCCUCCUCUCUCUCUCUCUCUCCAGUCAUUUUCUAUCACCUCCUCUUUCUCUACAGACAUUUUCUAUCUCUUCUUCUCUCUCUCUCUCUCACUCUCCAGUCAUUUUCUAUAUCCUCCUUCUGAUCCUCCAAUCAUUUUCUGUCUCUUCUUUCUAUCUCUGCAGUUAUUUUUGAUCUCCUCCUCUCUCCCCUGUCAUUCUUUUAUUUCCUCAUCCUCUCUUUUUUCUUAUUGUAUUCCUUCUUUUUCACUUCUUUUACUUCAUAAUUCUUAUCCUUCAAAAUCAUCUUUUUCUUACUUUAAUUUUUUUUCUUCUCCCUGUUUCUCUCUUUUCUUCCCUUUUCUUUCUCUUUCAAUUUUUCCACUCCCUCUUAUUUCCCUCUUCAUCUUCACUUCUUUCUCUCUUCAUCAUCAUCAUCAUCAUCAUCAUCAUUUCUCUUUUCUACCUGCCUCCCAAGAAAUUCUAUCUAUCUAUCUAUCUAUCUAUCUAUCUAUCUAUCUAUCUAUCUAUCUAUCUAUCUAA